UCUUUGCCACAACCUACCUCCACAAGUGUGUGUAUAUAUAUAUAUUGUGCUCUUUCAUCUCAAAAUAUUUCCAACUCCUCGAAAUUAAGCAUAUUAAUAUUUCAAUGGCUAAAGUUCACCCAAACAAGUCAAAUUAUCUAAGUACAACUUCUUCAUCAUCUUUUUCUUCUAUUAUUCCAUCUAACUUUUAUGUGAGUCCAAGAAGAGAAACAUUCACUUUGUGGAUGAAAUCUCUAGUCUACCAUGGAAAUGGAUGUACUGUUUAUGACUCAAAUGGAAAUAUUGUUUAUAGAAUUGACAAUUACAAUAGUAAACGUAGCAAAGAAGUUCAUCUUAUGGAUCGCAAUGGCAAAGUUCUCUUCUCGAUUCGAAAUAGGAAAGUUCCGGUAUUUGGACAUUGGGAUGGCUAUAAAUGGAGUUAUGAUGGAAUUACUAGUAAAGAAAUGCCAUGGUUUCAAGUGAAGAAAAUCCAUAAUGUUCUUAGAGGAGAAAAUGUGAACUGUUAUAGUGUUAUAUUGGGAUGUAAUUCUGAAGCAACUUGUUAUAACAUUAUUCUUGCCACAAAAUCUAUCAAGAUUGUGAACCAACAUGGCCGACUUGUCGCAGAGGUAAAACAAAAACAAGCAAAUUCAGGAGUAUUAUUGGGAGAUGAUGUAUUGACAUUGAUGGUGGAACCUCAUGUGGAUCAAUCAUUAAUUAUGGCUCUUGUCACUGUUUGUGGUCUAAUCCAUCACAAAAUUUGAUUAGUACUUGUUAAUUAGUAGUACUAAUAUAAGUUUCUUCCUAGUUACCUUUUUCUAAUGGAAGAAUAAUAAUUGUAAUCACUAUCUUCCCUUAGUUCUUGGAAACAGGGAAAAGAGAAGUUAUUAUAAUUUGUACCUUGAGGAAUGAGUUGUUUAGAUGUAAAUCUUGUGAUUAAAGUUGAAGUGUACAACUCUGAUGUGAUAGACUACCUAACCAUUUCAUAAUUAAUGAAGUUAAUUAUAGUUUGUGCCUUGAAGAAUGAGUUGUUUAUAUCACUUUUAAUUGUUUAUAUCACUUUUAAUGAAAGACCAAUUUAUGUGCACCUCGACAAUUUCAUCAAAUACUUGCUAGACUGCUACCUACUACCAGUACACAUCAGAUACCUCUACUUAUGUAAGCUUAAGCAGCAUCUAACAUUAUUUUAUUUGCAUUAUUCUGGUAAGUCAAGUUGUCUCUGUGUGACUAUAGGUCACAGAUUCACUCCGUUGAAGAAGCCACUAAUUUUCGUAUUAGGGUAGACUGUCUACGCAAUAAACUUCUUAAUGAUCAAAUAGCUAGUACAAAUUUUCUUCUAAACUUACCAAAUAAUGAAAGAUUUCUGUGCAUGAAAUAUGAAACUGAAAAAAGAAAAGAACUCUUGAUAAACAGAAGACAUUAACAAGUGAAAAUACUCUUACACAACUUGUAAGUGAGACAUAUUAACCUAUAUGUUGUAAACUAAUUUACAUUCUUGUAUAAUAUCUAGGGCUAAAGUCAAGCACUAUAUGCUAGAAACAAAAUAUCUUUAGGAAAAUGAGAAAAAA